ACAGUCACGGUGCACCACCUGCACAAGCUAUGCCACCAGAACUAGAGCAGACGCUUUCUCUUCUUUCUUCACAUCGUUCAGUCCUAGGUUACCUGUUACUAUCAAGAGGCCAUCCUGUAUGCAUCAUCAGAUAUUCAGGAGUAAUAUUUGAAGGCGAACAAGGCAAAAAAUAUGCAAGUGCUAUCAGCAAAAUAGUUGAAAGUGUGCAAGCAGGGCUAGAGGAAGUCAAUGGACCUGACAAUGAUGGGGAUGAAGUGCGUUUUAUGAGAAUACGGACGAAACGACAUGAAAUUAUGAUCUCGCCAGACGAGCGGUACCUUCUCGCAGUUCUACAUGACCCAGCGACAUAGGCCUUUCUUUAUCUUUCCUUCUCUCCCCAAUUUAACCUACUACAUAAUUUCUGUCCUAGAUCAUUCAAAAAUCCUGAAAUCGCAAUAAAACGACAAGCUUUAAAGGGUAUGAGACGUCAACACAUCCAGUUGCUUGCCCCGAUAAAUGCCAUGUCGAUGUUUUAUCUUUCUGUGCUCAUCGAAUUCAUGAUGUAUUUAUAGGGCCAUCACAAAUCAAUGAUAUUGGUUUGGAUGGACUGGGGGCAAAAUCGACAUCUUUAUUUGGGAACAUGGAACCUCUUCACAAGACAAUUUGCGCCCAAAGUAAGGGCAGUUUACCUAUGUGCGAGCUUAUACAAUCAUACAGGAUGG